AUGCCAUUUAUCACUGCCUGUAUUUUAACUUCUGCCUUGUUCUUUUCUAUUGGUAGAGUGUGUGCACAAGAUGACUAUGACUACUACUAUGACGCUAAAAGCUGUGCCUUGUCGGAAUCCAUUACUGGGGGUACAGUGAAAUACUCCAAUGGAGGCGCAGUGGGGAGUGAGGUGACGUAUCAGUGUAAAGAUGGCUUUAAACCUUAUCCAGUCUUCAAGAAGGUCUGCAGUUCUAAUGGAGAAUGGGAGCCGAAAGUAGCCAGGGUGAAAUGUGAAGAGGAAGGUGAUUAUGAAGAUUAUGAGGAACCUCAGAAGAACUGCUCUUUGGCACAGUUCAUAAAGGGAGGCCGAGUGUCCUACUCCAAAGAAGGCUUGGAAGGCAGUAUGCUGACAUAUCACUGCGAGGCUGGAUUCUACCCUUUUCCAACCAAGUUGAGAGUUUGUGAAUCCAGUGGGGAGUGGUCGACCAUGGUGCUUCCCAAUGGCAAGGCAGUGUCCACUGCCACAUGCAAAGAGGUUCUUUGCCCUGCACAACUACAACUGGACAAUGGGGAGUUCCGACCACGGAAGCAAUGGUUCAAGGUUGGUGAAGGGCAGGCUUUCUCAUGCAGGGAGGGGUACACCCUACUUGGCUCAGCCUGGCGGAACUGCACUGAAUGGGGGCAUUGGACUGGAACCACACCAGUGUGUGAUGACCAAACUGAUGACUGCAAGAACCCGGUUACACCACCUGGAGCCAUGCGCUCUGGAGAACGCUUCCGCAUCGGUGAUACGGUGAAAUACAGCUGCCAGGCUGGCCUGGAUCUACUAGGGCCUGAUGUCAGAGUGUGUCUAGAUGCAAGAGAAUGGAGUGGACCAUCACCACGCUGCCAGGCCCAUCACACAUUUGAUCUACCUGCUGCUGCAGCUCAGGCCAUGAGUGGAUCUCUGUCUGCUUUAAUGGACGUUUCAUCCCCUGAGUUUAAGAAGAAAGAUCCAGGCUAUGGGAGAACUCUGAGAGUGGCAGACGGUCGUCUCAACAUUUUUAUCCUACUCGACACCUCUGGAAGCAUUUCAGAGUACCACUUUGAGAAGGCCAAACAGGCCACUGCUAACCUUAUACAAAAGUUAGGCAGCUAUGAUGUCAUCAUGAAGUUUGACAUAAUUUCCUAUGCCAGUGAACCCCAAGACAUUAUAACCAUUACAAACUCCAACAGUGACAAUAUUGAUUUUGUCUUGAAUAAAUUGAUGGAGUUCAAAUACACAAGACAUGGGAAGAAAACUGGCACCAAUCUGUUUAAAGCCAUUUCUGAAGUAUAUGGCAGACUUGCUUUCCUCAAGGUAAACAAGGAAAGUCACUUCAAUGAGACUCAGAAUGUCAUUCUCAUUGAAACUGAUGGUUUUUCCAACAUGGGAGCCAACCCACAAUAUGCCCUGAAUCGGAUCCGAGACCUCUUUGGCUACAAAAGCCCAUCCAUAGACCACACAGGAGAGGAGCUCCUUGAUGUAUAUGUGUUUGGCAUUGGGGAAAAUGUGAAGAGGAAUGAGCUGAAAACAAUUGCUUCUAGUAAAAACAGAGAGCAGCACCUGUUUCUACUGAGCAGCUACACAGACCUUGGAGAAGUGUUCAACAAUAUGAUCAAUGAUUCUGCUGUGAUCAAGUGUGGAGUAGCCCAGGAAGUCGUCCACGCAAGGGUUGAUAACUUGGAUACUGGGCCACCUGCACACACCAGGCCCUGGCAUGUCACCAUUACUUGGAGAGCCAAGCCAUGCCAGGGCUCCAUUUUGACUGAGAACUGGGUGAUCACAGCUGCACAUUGCCUAAUAAAGCUGAAUAAUGGGACAGUAGAAACCGCCGCUCCCAGGGAUGUAACCAUUAAGCACGGCGCUGGCACAGUGGGGACCUCUUUCCUAACCCUUCAUCCACAGUUCGACAUCAAGGGGCUCAAGGACAAGAACGUGAACGAGUUUUAUGAUUACGACGUCGCACUGGUUCGUGUGAACGGCAUUGAAUUGUCCUCUAAGGCAAGGCCCAUCUGCUUGCCAUGUACAAAGGCUUCAAAUCGAGCUCUCAGAAUGAGUCCUGAUUCGACCUGCAAACAACAUGAAAGCUCUCUCUUCCAUCUGAAGGAGACCCAAGCCUACUUUAUACAGCAGGGGAAAAAUCGCAAGCAGACGCAUAUCCACACUGGUGAAAAGAGAGCUGACUGCAUUGAGCAGUACGGACCUGCUUUGUCUUCCAACAAGCUAGUGUCUCUGACUGAUGUGGUCACUGACAGGUUCUUGUGUACAGGAGGAUCUGCAGCACACAGGGAUGGCCUUACCUGCAAAGGCGAUUCUGGUGGUUCGCUCUUCCUGCGCAAGGGGAUGCGGUAUUUCCAAGUGGGAGUCGUGAGCUGGGGCACCAAACUGUUGUGCGACUCCAGCACGAAGCACAUUCCUGAACCUCCGGAGGACGGCCGUGACUUCCACAUCAGCCUGUUCUCCAUUAUGCCCUGGCUUAAAGAGCAUCUGGCUCCAGAGUUGGACUUUCUGCCCCUGGAAAGAUGA